AUGAUGCAGGCUCGCUACUCCGUCUCGGACCCCAACGCUUUGGGAGUGGUGCCGUAUUUAAGCGAGCAGAAUUACUACCGGGCUGCCGGGACCUACGGCGGCAUGGGCAACCCCAUGAGCGUCUAUUCGGGCCACGCCGAGCAGUACGCGGCGGGCAUGGGGCGCUCCUACGGCCCCUACCACCCGCACCAACCCACCGCCCCCAAGGACCUGGUGAAGCCACCUUACAGCUACAUCGCCCUCAUCACCAUGGCCAUCCAGAACGCCCCCGACAAGAAGAUCACGCUCAAUGGGAUUUACCAGUUCAUCAUGGACCGCUUCCCUUUCUACCGAGAGAACAAGCAGGGCUGGCAGAACAGCAUCCGCCACAACCUCUCGCUCAACGAGUGCUUCGUCAAGGUGCCCCGCGACGACAAGAAACCGGGCAAGGGCAGCUACUGGACCCUGGACCCCGACUCGUACAACAUGUUCGAGAACGGCAGCUUCCUGCGCCGCCGGAGACGCUUCAAGAAGAAGGACGUGUCCAAGGAGAAGGAGGAGGCCCGGGAGCGGCUGCUGAAGGAGCAGCCCAAGCCCCCCGGGCUGCCCGGCGCCGACCUCCCCAAGGAAGCCUCCUCCUCCUCUUCCUCUUCCUCCGCCUCGGCGCCGGCCUCCGAGAAGAAAGUGGUGAUCAAGAGCGAGACGGCUUCUCCCGAGCUGCCCGUGAUCACCAAGGUGGAGACGCUGAGCCCGGCGAGCGGCGGGCCCGUGCGGGACAGCCCCCGCAGCGCCGCCUCGCCGCCCGCCGCCGCCGCCUCUCCGGACGCGGCGCUGCCCGAGCAUCACCCUGCGGGCAACGGGCUGCCGGGCUUCAGCGUGGAGAGCAUCAUGACCCUGCGGACUUCCCCCGCGGCCGAGCUGAGCCCGGUGAGUGCCGCCUCGGGCCGCACGGGCGGCGGGCUGGCGCUGGGGUACCCCGCGGGGCAGCCGUCGGGCUACGGCGCGGCUUGCGGCCAGGCGCUGGACACUAGUGGGAGCUACCACUGCAGCAUGCGGGCCAUGAGCCUCUACAGCGGCGACAGAACGGCGCACAUGUGCGCCCCGCUGGAGGACGGCAUGGCCGAGCAUCCUCCGUCGCCGCUGGGCACGCUGAGCCUGCCCGCGGGGCAGGACGGGGCGCUGGGCACCGCGCAUCCCCACGGAGGAGGAGGAGGAGGAGGAGGAGGAGGAAGCGGAGGGGCGGCGGCUGCGGCGGGGGGACAACCUGCGGCUUCUUGGUACCUGAACCACGGCGCUGAGCUGAGCCACCUGCCCGGGCACACGUUCGGCUCUCAGCAGCAGACUUUCCCCAACGUGCGCGAAAUGUUCACGUCGCACCGGCUGGGCAUGGAGAGCGCGGCGCUGAGCGAGCACCAGGUGAGCAGCAACUCCGCCUGUCAGAUCCCCUACAGAUCCGCGCCCUCCCUAUACCGCCACGCCGCCCCCUACUCCUACGACUGCACUAAGUACUGA